AAAAUACCAAAAACAUUACGUAUUCCCAAAAACAACCUAUGUGCCCAAAAACAUUAAUACAUUAAAUAUCAAAUCCGGUAUGAGUUCCAAGCAAUGAUCUUUUUGGGGGAGUAAGCAGCUUCAAAACCACUUGCGCCGUUUCAACAAUUGGAGGUUGGGGGAGUAAGCAGCUUCAAAACCACUUGCGGAGUAAGCCCUUUCAACAAUUGGAGGUAAGCAGUUUCAAAACCAACUGCUCAAUUUUAAUCUUUUCCCUCCAUUUUUAGAAGAAACUUCAAGUUUUAGGUUACUAUGUCAUUACUUAAGAUUGGACAAGUCAUAGACUUCUACAAAAACGAUUGUUGCGCUGAUGAUAGCAAAGAACUUUGCACUAUGAUAAAGGAUAACCUUAAUCAUUAUAGAUCAGAGCUUUUAUGGAAGCUCAAUCAUGAUACCAUCGUUUAGUUUCAGUCUUAGUGAUGAAAAAAAGAAAAUUGAUUUUAAUGAACACAUCCGAAUGAAACUCGAUAAAGGUAUCUUGGGUUUGAAUAGUUCUUUGCGCCCUUUAUUGUUUGGCAAUAUCAACUAUAAUUGCAGUUGGAUGAUUUUGUCAAACAAACCAAAUAUCAAAGGAUGGGUAACUGUCAAAGCUAAAAGAUGGUUUGAACGAUUAAAGUCUUUCCAUGAGAAGUGGGAGAACCAAAGGAUUAUUAGCUUCCUGCAAUUGGCUACGUACACCAACAUUCCCUUUGACGGGGAAUUAACAUCGACAUUGGUCUCUCUGUGGGAUCCUGUGCUGAAUUGUUUUGUGUUAAGGCAAAUUCUCAUGACCGUAACGCUAGCCGACAUCGCCUUCAUAACUGGGCUUUCACCAACUAGCGAUGAACAUUCAAAUAUCCCUGUCUUCACCUUGCUUCCUCAAGCCAACAAGCUCUAUUAUAAUGCUUUGAACCUAUACAAUGAAAUUACAAAUUAUGGGAAGAAGAUUGGUUUCUCAUUAUUUGUUCAAUACUUCAGUUCAAGUUCUAAGGUGACUUUAGAAGAAGAGGUAAUCUUCCUUUUAUUUGCUUUUACUCGAUUGAUGAUGAACAAGUCUGGAGGGGUUAGUACAUUAUACCUAACUCUUGCUGCAAAUGUGGCUUCUAAAACCACUGUUGUAGCUUUAGGACCUAUAAUAUUAGGCCAACUAUACAGGUGUUUAUUCUGAUAUGGAGAGGCUUUGGUAAAAUUUUCAUCUUCUACUAAUAGUCUUUGGCGCCCUAUAUGGAUUAUAACCUGCUGGGGUCACUUGUAUUUCCCUCUGUUAACAGUCACCAAAUCCAACGAGGAACUUUAUAAGGAAAUAAGGGAAGAAAAGGAAACAUUUGAGACUUUUUUAUGUGAGAAACACUGGCCUUAUCAAUGUUCUUCUCUGGGGAAGUCCACUUCAAUAUUCAUGACCAUGAUGCAGUUAUAGAUCCUGAUCAGAUCAUACAUUGUCUUCUGGAUGCUAAAAUAGCAUCCUGGUAUUACAUUGACAGUAAAGACCAAGACUUCAACAACACCCCUAACGCCUAUCUCGCAGCCCCCAAAUGGUUGAAAUUUAUUACAACCAGCAGGGUGUUUAAGAAGGAUAGUGACUUUUGGUAUGCUAUUCUUCAUUGAAGAUAUCUUCCUGCAGCUGAACCAGAGAAAUUUGGCUUUGAAUUCUAUAAUCCUCAAUUGGUUGCCAGACAGUUUGGUCUGUGUCAAUCACUAGCAGUCCCACUAUUGGCCACUCAAAACAAUCCUUGGGAUUAGAGGGGUUUGUUUAAGGAGAUGGAUGUAUACAAUAGUGAAACAAUGGUGAUCACUCCUCAUACUUUAUAUUCUUGGGAUUGGAAUUUCUUAACCACUAGGAGUUAUGAUUAUUGGUGGGAGCAUACUCCAUUGACGGAGGUGAAUACUAUCUCUAGUGCUUUGUCAAGGUUCCGAACUGCUGUUAGUAAAGCUAGAGGUAGAAAGAAGUCUUUACCUAUAGUUUGCAAGCUCUGUAAUGUUCAUGUGGACUUUUCUAGGCCUGUUGGAUCCCUAAUGUUACUACCCGAGGUUGAAUCUGGCGACAGAAGAAGUCCUAUAGAUGAUAAAUUAAGGACUGAAGUGGUAAAGCACACUAAGGUUGCCUCUUUUCGGAUAAAAAGACAUUGUCCUGAACCUCUAGAAAAUAAAAGACCUUCGAGGAAAAGGCAGCUCGUGCAGUCCCAAACUAUUCCUGAUGUUGCUGCAUCCGUCCCAAAUACCUUGAGCAAAGGCGAAUUGUACGAGGAUGGACAUCUAUUAUCAGGAGUGUUGAUAGAUAUGAAGAGGCGCAGACAGGAAAAUUCAUCGCCAGAUUCUAAAGCAUCAUCGGUUGAACCUCUGCAUACUUCGGUUGAAUCGGCUCAGAAAGCAUCUAAAGCAUCAUCGGCUGAACCCCUGCAUACUUCGGUUGUAUCGUCAGAUUCUAAAGCAUCGUUGGCUGAACCUCUACAUACUUCGGUUGAAUCGCCAAAUUCUAAAGCAUCAUCGGCUGAACCUCUGCAUACUUCGGUUGAAUCGACUUAGAAAGCAUCUAAAGCAUCAUCAGCUGAACCUCUGCAUACUCCGGUUGAACUUAUGGGUUCUUCGUCUUGUGUAGAAUCCUCUCAGCGAGUACCAUCUCUUGCAUUGACUCAUACUUGUAGGGAAAAGAGAGAGAUCUCUGACAUUGUAAGUGAUGCACCUCUGACGCGCAACCAGCUCUUGCAAAAGAUGGAGCACACAAUUCGGAUGGGACAAAUGACUUCUGACAACUUUAACAAUUUCCACGAACUGGUUGUCUUAAUGGAAAAAUUGGUUGCCUAAGGUGUAGGAUGUUGGUCACUGUUUGCUAAAAUUGGAAAAAUGGAGCUAGAAUCUCAACGGGAUGAAGCUUCUGAUAUAGUAACUUCAGACCUUCAACUUGUGAUAGCUUCACCGAAUUUUGAUGAUCUAGUAUAGGACAGUCAUAGCUCCGUAGCUACCGUUUGUGCUACUGAAUCAUCCUUGUUUGAUCUCCAGUUACACCUGAAGGACAAUAAUGUACAGCAAGAACAGUUGGCUGCUAAAGAGAAAUCUAUCAAAGUGAAAAUUGUAGUGCAACAACAGCAAUUAGAUGAAUCACUACAGCAAGAAUCUCAGCGGGUUUCUACCAUUCAUGCUUCUUUAAAAGCUGUGUUGGAGCAAAAGAUGCAGCAAGAGAAGAGAGAUGCCUUGUUAGAACAAUUUAAGGCGGUUGUGAUUGUCAUUUUAAUCAAGGUAUUUUCCGAGGUUUCUCUUCAAGAGAAAAGGGAUCUUUAGUGUUGUAAAAUGAUGAGAGUUCAGAACCUCCUAGGCAAGAAAGAAAGUAGUUGUGAUCUAGAUUGGUUUUAUGCUUUGUAAUUUCUGUCACAAGUUGUCUUAGACUGUUUUAGCCCUUCAGUUUUCAAGUUCAGUGGGACAGAGAAUCCUUCCUAGAAGGUUUGUCUCCCCGUUUUCCUUGUGUUUGAUGUAAAUUGUGGGUAAUAUUGAUGAAAUCUUAACUUCCUUGCCAAAAAAAAAAACUGCAAAAAAAAAAAAUGUUUUUUGGUACUGGGAUCUGCAACCAUUCAAGGAUGCUCAUAAAACAACUCUU